AUGUCCGACAGACGUAAGGGAGGAGUCUGGAAGGAACCAUCGCAGUUCUGUGCCGAAGAUUCGGAAUGGUACUUAGCUAGAUGGCGACUUCUCUUACACCUAGGCAGCAAUGUAACCCGGGACUUGAUUGUGGCAGAGGCGAGCUUUACAACUGCACCACCCACGAGCCAAAGAAAAUUAACGGCAGACCGGAGAGUAGGAAGGUGUGCCUUUGCUCCUCAACACCGUCCUGUCUUCCAUUUCCAGAACGAUAACGACGACCAUGAUCUCCUCGGCCCCCGUACAGCAAUUCCAUUACAGGUAGAUACUCACUUGGGCAUAACUUUCCCACGGAGCUCGCCCGAAGACGUUCCCAAUAAGCCUUCCCCGCCCCAGCGCUCAAAUUCGACGCCUGUCUUGCUCUCCAAUGGCCGACCCCUCAAAUCAUCCCUUAAAAGCUCACCGCGUUCGUCGUCCGUCCCUGAUAUGCCCUUAGUGUCUAUCCAACAUUACCGUGCUCGGUCUGCCUCCUCGGCACCUGCUAUUUCGUAUCAUGAACAUCCUUGCCACAAAAAUGUUCACUUUUCUACUCACCAGCUGGAAACGGUCCGCAUGUUCAACAGGUCUGCGAAGCCCGCUUCCCUGUUUCGAACUACUCCCUCUUCCGAUGCAGAGACCGAAACCGAGACCGAGGACGGUUCUUCUCGUAUUGCAGCGACCCCACGAUUCCCAUUUCCAUUCGCUAUCCCCUCGUAUUCUCUGUCUCCAUUUACCGACCCCGUACCAAGCCUUACAGUCCCAAGAAAGGGGUCUAAUAUCAUACUAGAGUCCUUGAUUCUUCCCCAAUCCACACUGGCGCUCAAAGGCACGCUCCUCGUGCGCAAUAUUUCCUACGAGAAGCAGGGUCUACGUGUUGCUACAGGAGGAUCUGCCACUUGGGACCGCUUUGAAUAUACAAUUCAACUGGGAGACUACACUUCCACCCUUAUCGAUCGCACCAUCUUUCUGGUCGCUCGAUAUUCCACAGGCGGAGGUGAAUGGUGGGACAAUAACGCUGGGAAAAACUAUCGUGUAGCCUUCAUUCGAAGCCCCAAUCACGCAUCACUUGCAACGAUCAAGAAAGCCCGUGCCCCUGUACCUCUGACGAAAACUCCAUUCGAGAGUUCGGUUCCAUUCCCAACGAUUGCUCCUCCCUCACCUACAAAUCUAUCGGUUUCCGUUCCCUCGACAUCCACCCUGUCGCCGACUCUGUCGCCUCCUCCGCAACAUAACCGUGCGCAGUCAGAGGCGACGCUUCGGCAUCAUCUGGAAGGUCUCAAGCUGCCCAACUAUGCCAAACCCAACACCGUCCCUCUGCAACUGAGUCCUACCACAGAACGAGCAGAGGGUGGCGGCGUGUUUUGGUUUGGGACCUUCAAGCCGCAAACGGAUACCUCCCCGGUGCAUUCCGACAAGGGAUGGCGAUGUUACGCCUUCUCUAUCCAGAGGCAGCAACUCCCCACCGGACUCGCCCAUCAAGGAACGGGCGAACGCGUUGGCAUUGACGGACAUGCCAUCAGGCCUGAACGCGAGCCGAUAUUGCCGUCAUCGUCAUCAGGUGCCUCUCCGACUCUCAGCUCAGCAUCCACUCUGCCAGGGGGAAAGAAAUCACCUUCUAGUCCCCCAUCUUCGCCUGAGGAUCUUUAUAAUGCUUUUUUGAAGCAAUGGUGCUUUGCAUCAUCAUCACUGGAGGAGGUGCCAUAG